AGUGAGGAGGCAGUUUUGUUUUUAUCUGAAGCUUGUCUGAAGAUUCUCGACUUGCUUUUUUAGCUGGAUAUGUCAAGCUCAUUUAAAAGUAACAAGUAAAAGAAACAACCAAGUAUUUCUCCUUUAGGACACGGUGAACUAAUGCUGUACAAGAAUGGCUGAUUGGCUGUAAUACAAACAAGGAUUAACAGCAGUGACCAGACCAGCUCUUACCUGACCAUAUUUACACAGAACCGCUGUAUGAAACUGAGCACCAUGGCUAAAGGGAAGAAGGGGGGAUCAAAGGGCAAAAAGAUCACCCUGAAAAUGGCCAAGAAAGCCCUCAAGGUGACACCUGAGGGAAAACGACGUCUUGAUCUCAGCAACAUGGGUAUUGACACCUUUCCAAAAUGUCUCCUAAAACUGACUGACCUGGAGGAGGUGGACCUGAGUCGCAAUCAUCUAAAGAAGAUCCCAGAUUUCAUUGGCCAGCUCAUUGGUGUGCUCUGGCUUGACCUGCACAGCAACUACAUUGAGCAACUGCCGAAAAGCAUCGGAGAGCUGGAGUCUCUGUGCCACCUUAACCUGUGCAACAACAGCUUGGACUCGGCCGGUUUACCCGCUGACAUCGGUAACCUGAGAAACCUGCAGAUGCUCAACCUGGGUAUGAACCGACUCACUGUUCUUCCUCCCACCAUGUCUGCUCUGACCAACCUGAGAGAACUGGGCUUGUUCGACAACAUGAUCACUGUGUUUCCUGAAUGCAUCCGCAUGCUGCCCAAUCUGAAAAAAAUCAACAUCAAACGCAACCCCAUAGCCUAUGCCCAGAAAGAUGCCAAAGACACAAGAGCAACUGAAGGCAUGUAUUUGGUGAGGGAGGAAGAUCUGUGUAAGCUUUGUCUGGAGAAAUGUAGGGAGGAAAGACAGAGACAGGAAAGAAAACAGCUUUCAGAUCAAUCUCAAAGGAGAGGUAGAUUAUCAGGGCUGAUCACACCAAACUCAGUGGCACGAAGCAAUCAGGAGCUCUGGCACUAGACUUUAUCCUGAAGACAACUAAAACAACUAAAUGCCAUAAUGUCAGAAUGUUGCAUUUUAUUUUGAUGUUUUAAUCCAUGAAUAUAUGAAUGUAGUUUAUUAAUGAGGAAAUGUAUUAUUAGUUACGUAUAAGUAAACGGUUUUGACCUUACUUGAGUAUCAAUAUCAAGCUCCUUAAUUAGCACUCAAUCAAGCAAUGUCAAGCAAAACUCCGUAUUAUGUAUUCUAUGUAUUUUAAAAAAAAGAAUAUAGUGUAGACAAUAUAUUAUCAAAUUACAGGAAUUAGUUCACAAGUAAGAGAAGCAGUUUUCAAUUGGAGGAAGUUUUAAUUCUGCAGGCAGCAGUUACUGGUGUGUUUCAUCAGAUUGGUUAGGGGAUUGAGGAUUGAGAACAUUUCUGUCACUCAUUAACAAUGUGCAUACAAUGUCUUUCCCAGAAGCCUUUAGACAUGAGCUAUCUCCUUUCAAUCUGUCUUUUCUUUUUUGGUUUUGAGAAGGCAGCUUUGGGAGAGAUGAUGAUACAGUGCAGGGACACUUACCUAACAUUAAGCACAGCCUCUGUCACCCCUCUUCCCUUUAAUGAAGGUACUACAGAGCAUAACCUAGGGAAAGAACACAAGAGAGAUCAAUCUGGCUUUGCCCUGUCUAAUCUCACAUACUCAUUGGCUGGUAUAUACACUCACUGGUAUAUAUACUCACUCACUUCCCACCUUUUAAAAGCACUGACAUGGUCUUUGUUCACAAACACCAGAAACACUGAAGCACCAUUCUUCAAGAAGAUUUCAAUUGCAUUUUCCUAAAAAAGAGAAAAAUUUGAAUACUAAUAUAUUGCAAAGGAAUCUGAACAGUAGGUAUCUGUGAAAAAGAAAACUAGAGCUAAUUCCUCAUAAACAAUAAAGCUCAAAAAGUAUGUUAAAGAAAAAACAACACCUCUAAAUCAUUGGUUUACUACAGUGGCAUUAAAUCUGACCUCAAGAAGGAAUCGUAUAAAAUGAGCCUCUUUAAUGUCCUCAUAUGACCAGCGUCUGCAGGCUGGUUUUACAGAGCUCUGUUCUUUCUUCAGCAUGCCGCAGAUAAAC